UCUAUUAACAAUGGCAACUUCCAAACCAAUCAUAGAUUCUUUUCCUAGGAGAAAGUUAGUAGGAUGGGUAAAUGGAUUAUAAGAAUAUAAACAUUUUUAUUAUUUAUUUUUCACCUUAUCCAAAGUGGUCAGGCCCACUACAACCGGAAAACAGUUUAUCUACGACGCCGGCCUUUUUUCCUUCCUUUUUAGCUUUCCCCUUCUGUUACCCGCGACGACAGAGUCAGAGUCUGAGAGAGGGUAAUUUGGAAAGCGACGAACCAACUAAUCAGAACGAAACGAAACCAUCCACCCCCCAUUUCCCUCUCUUCUUCGUCUUCCUCCGUUCUCUCUGCUUCAGAGGAUCGUAAUUCUAGGGAGGAAAAUCCGAUUCAGAGAAGUUCUUGCAACUAUGCCGACUACCACUGUUUCAAUUCACGCCCCGCCGGAGUUCUUGACCUUCCCGGCUUCGGUUGCCUCCAGGAACAUUCACAAGCUCUCCACAGUCACCGCUUCUUGGAGAAUGUCGAUGGAUUCUGGGUCUUUCCAGACCAAGAAGAGGGAAGAGCUUUCGUUACACAUACAACACCCCGCAGCUUUUGAUCCAAAAUGGGAUACGCCCAGGCAACCUGAUCUGCGCUUUGACCGCCUUCAGAUACCCGAACAGGAUUUGAAGGAGCUUAACAAGCUGGAGUUUGGGCAAUUCGUCGCUAGAGAGGCUUUAAUUGAUGAAGAAUACUGGACUGCAGCCUGGCUGCGAGCAGAAAGUCUCUGGGAGAAUCGAGGGAACGACAGAUAUGCUGAUAGUCUGAAGAAGAAAUAUGCGGAUCAGGAAUUCCAUGCCAUAAGAAGGCGACUCAUUGGUCCAUAUGGCCAAAAGUCCAAGUGCAUAAUUACACUGAGAAAGCAAGAUGAGAAGGUGAAACGCACAGUACUGAAGAGUGUGGUUGGGACUCUGGAUUUAAGCAUCCGCAGUUUGCUGCCUGGAGAGAUCUUCCCUGGGGAGCAUGGAAAGGCUCCUCACUUCUGCAACAUCGACGGAGGAGGGGAAGACAGAUACAGCUACGUCUCCAACUUGGUGGUCUCAUUGUCUGCUCGCCGCCAGGGGAUAGCAACUAAUAUGAUGCAGUUCGUAGUUGAAACGGCGAAGUCUAGUGGUGUGGAACAUUUGUAUGUUCAUGUGGAUAGAAACAACAAACUAGCACAGCAGUUGUACGACAAGAUGGGAUUUGAGAUGAUUGAAGAGGCAAGCGAUGGAUUGGUAGAAGACAACACAUUCCUCCUACGUUGCAGAUUGUAAAGACACGGGAAAUGAGUUUUCUGUACAGAUAGCAGUGAAUAGGACAGUUGAUUACUACUUUUGACAGGAAUUUGAUUUGAUCAUGUGUAGCCUUAGAUUUGGCAAUCGAGAACCAACCUCUGCGCAAGCAUUUAUCGAGAGGGAAAGCAUUCCAAUAUGGUGUAUCGAUCCAUUACAGUUCGAGAACAGCAUUUCGUACAUAAACCUGAUGUUCAUUCCUUGCUGCCAGCGACUACUUCAGCUCUGUAUAAAUACAUGCUUUCUCA